GCAACACUACAACAGAGACGGCCUAAGACUUACUCGAGGCGAACGUAUAUUUACACGAAAGGGCAAACAGUAUGUGUUACAUAUGGACUGAAGAGCUUCGAAACGGCCUGUACUGGCUAUAAGGGAAAUGCUGGGGGCAUGAGAGCUUUACAGGCGGAAAAAGACAUUGACGGAUUUUUAUGCAAACUGUAUAGUAUCGCAGGAUUGGCUACUGAUACCUAGCCACGAAUAGAUUAAAAAAAAUUAUGGUUACUACCCGAGCGGCAGGAUGAUUGGAGCCUUUAGGGUGCUUCUUUGGGAUGUAGAGGUUGAAGUGGGUGAUCAAGGAGUUGGAUGGGACGGGGAGAUGUGUGCUCUGGUCAUUGUAAGAUCAGUGGGAGGGAUGGAGGGGAGUGAGGUCUUCGUACAGCAUUGAUAUGUUGCGCAUCAAAUGCGAGAGAACAUUUUGUAGUAAAAGAAACAAUUUAGCUGUAGUCAUCAAGUUUGCAAAGAAAGAUAUCUGCGCUGUUAUGGAGGCACCGGGUAGGUGCAAACGAACAUGGAUUUAACUGGCGAGAAUUUCAGUCAUUCAUACAUUAAUUUUCCCACUUCAAUGUUUCCUGAAGCGAAUUACAAUUUGGUGGAAAUAAAAAAGCUAAGAGUCGUGAAUGGGCUCAGUAUGGAGGCACUCAUGUUUGGAUUGUCGGAUGACGAGGCGUGUGACAUCUACGAGCUUGCCUUCGAUGGUGUAUACCUCGAAACACCUCGUGCUAGUACUGCGAUUUUCAUCCCAUCCGAAGGUCGAGUAGAUUUUGCAGUUCAGUGUUCAGCAUCGGGCUUAUUCUCAUUGACCACUGUAGCCGACGAGCGGCUGGCUGAGCACGCACAAAUCUGGGGACCAAUUUCUGGUCAGCCGAGCAACAUUACCAACACCCAAGCGCUAUUUAUGAUUGUUGUAUCCGACAAGGUCGAUAUUAUGGAGCUUCCUGCAGUGUUGCCUGAACUUCCAACGUAUCUACAAAAGGUGCGAAGCCGAAGUGAGAACAAAGGCUCGGAGUGGGAGACGACAUUUUCAGUGGAGCUCUCCACAUCAGAGGGAGCGAAUGCCAUCAAUAAUCAGCCAUUCAAUCCUAGCGAAACCCUGAACAUCAUUUAGCUAAACAAAUACUAUCAAUGGAAUCUGUCGGCAGGUGAAGGCUUCCAGAAAGGAGAGGGCUAUCCUCAACACCCAUACCAUCAACACAUCAACCACUUUCUUAUCACCAAUGACGACCCAAUUACCGAUGGUAUGCUUUUCCGCAAAGGUGACUUCCGCGAUACCAUCCCUCUAUUCGCCAGCACACCAGUGGACGUUCGCUUUUGUACACCUGAUUAUGUCGUCUUGGACACGAGGACAAGGGUAGUCGAGGAGUAGAUAUUCAAGUUUACUGCUCUUCUGGUAAACUGGAGAUGAUAUGUUUGAUCUAACUUCUUGCACUGAAAAAUAGCUUCCCAUAAAUUGGCAUCGCUCAUUAAUAAUUGUCAUUAUAUAAAGCUCAAUAGUGC